AUGGGAGGACGUUAUUAUGUUACUGAUCGGACAAAUCCUGAACCCUUAGAGAUAUGCCGUCACUACCCACCAAAUUACGAAGUGGAAUCACUUCCGUCUUAUACCAUUGUCUCAGGGUUGCCAACCUACGAUGACGCUCUAGAAGAGUUUCGAAAAGCGGGCAUCAUUCUAACUCCACCCAUGCCAGUGGUGAAAAUAUUCGAAAAAGAUCCAGCGGCCGCUGACAAUACGGGCAAAGAAAAUCAAAUCUUCAAUAUGGAAAACUGCGUGGGUACCGACAACGACAACGUCUCAGUAACUUCGACCUGCACCUGUGGAGCGGUAAACAAUACAAACUCUAACAAUCCAAACUCGAUAUACACUGUGCCAUCGCCACUUGCACCACAAGUCAUCGAACUAUCACCCGAACAAUUGGCGGCACUGUCACAAAAACGUCUUUCGUUACAAAUAACCUUUAACAAUUCCGUGCGUCGCAAUUCCCGCCCCCGUGGUAUCGAUCUCUAUCGCCAGGUGAAUCGUAAUAACUUGCUGCGCUCACAAGCUGCUGCUGCCGCCGCUGCUGCCCGCGACGGGUUCCCACAAAUUCACCGCUCAUCGUCGACGCUGACUUUGUCCAAUGAACCGAAUAUGUUGGAUCGACAUCUUAUGCAACACCUGCAGCACCGAGGCUCUCUUUAUUAA